CGCUACUGCACUGUCUAUCUAACCCCCAUCACCACAACCCACCACCAUGUUGCACUACUACUAACAGAUAGUGCCUGUCUUCCCUACCCCCUCUCCUCCGCUCUGUUAUCAGACCAUGCGUCUUCUCUAGACCUCUUCCCCAACCCACUCUGCAAUGUUCUGAAAGAGCUCCAAUCCCCGUCCUUCGUUUACCUGCGUGAUACCCCCGGACUCUGCGCGCCAAGAUGUCCGUCCUCCGCCAUCAUGGGGGUGCCUACCUCCAACGGCGCCUCACCAAAAUCGUGGGGCCUGGACUGGAGCGAUGCCAGUGCCGCCCAGCCCAAUGAUAUUGACGAAUCAUUAACCCAAGCUGGCUACAGUGAGAUUGUCGAGAGUGUUAUGUCUUCCAUUCAGGUGCUGCUGAAUGAGGCGGAGCGUAUCCAGCAUGGCGGUGCCUCCGAUCUGCCUCCGAAAGGCGCUAGUGCGGACACUCCCAAGGGCGGUCUCAGUGGCCUUCCAGUCAAGUCUCACUGGACCAGUGAUGAGAUCAGCCGUUCCAAGGCUCUGCUGGCAGACCUGGAAGGCUAUAUCGACACCCUCUAUGACCUGUCGAGCUCGCGACGCAACAUGAGUGCUAGCUUGACUGCUGGUGGACAGUCCACCACCAAGGGCCGAUCCCGGCCCGCUGCCAUUUCUGACUACUCCAUCUUGGACUCAAAAGCCUACCACGGUGCAUCUUUCGACGGCACACAACAGAGUCCUUUUGAUGUAGCACCCUCGCCUACGCACAAUGCGGCGGCAUUCAGCCAGGCUCGAUCUGAGAAGAUGCCUUUCGAUAAGGCUCCGCUGGACACUUAUGUCAUUGAUCGUUCUGCCCUACAGUUGUCUGGUUCUUCGCAUGACAACAACCCGCCCCCUUAUGAGCAGGUGGCAGCUUCUACCAACUCUCGGGCCAUCGGUCGCAUCAGGACAUCGGCAUCGCCUUUUCUUUACGGCACCAAAGACUCGACAGCAACAAUUCUCGUCGAUUACAUGCCGAUGAUGCUUGAAGCAUCGAGUGCUGCCACCAAGCCGGAGAAGAAACGACUGGACCAUGUACAGCGGACUCUGGAGCAGCUCGUGCAGAAUUCGCGUGUGUCUCACCUGGGCUUGCUGAAGUUCCUGGGCUAUUUUAUCGACAUGCCAAAUUCCCGAUACGCAUUCGUCUAUCAGAUGCCUAUGGACUACUUCCCAUUCCUUCGCAACCCGACUGAUCUCUUGAAUGGGUUGAAGCCAAAACCCCUCGUCUCCCUUUUUCAAACAAGCGAUGAACACCCUAUCCCGAAUUUAGAAACGCGCUUUCGCUUAGCUUAUGACCUCCUGAUGGCAGUUCUACAGCUGAGGAGUCAGAACCUUGUACAUGGCAACAUCAACAGCAGUAACAUUCUUAUCUUCCCCGGCUUGACGAACUCGAACCGCGAUGAAGUCGGACUCACGGAGGAUUUGCGCCGUCCCUACCUAACAUCAUUUGCUCAAUUUUCUGGAAACGGGCCGUCACCCGAACCCUUGUCUUCCAGCAUAUAUCGUCACCCAGACGAUAAGCGGUCGAUGGAGGAUGAUGCUGCCUGGGCCUAUGACCUGUACUCACUUGGCCUCGUGCUGCUCGAAAUUGGACUUUGGACUCCCAUUAGUCGGAUCUGGAAGAUGAAGUACAACAACUCUAUGUUCAAGCAAAGAAUCGAGAACACCUACUUGAAGAAGCUGGGCCCCAAAUGCGGCAGCGCAUAUCUCCACGUGGUACAGCUGUGCUUGGAUGCACCAAACUUCCAUCUGUCGACCCAGCCGUUCGAUGACCUGAACCUCCGCGUCCCUCAGGCCUUCCACUACCCCGUCCUAGACCUCUCCGCGCCUGACAGCAUCUUCUCGUUCUCUAUGAACUUUCUUUACACUAUGUGCAAGAUUGUCUGGUCCUGCUGCAGGAUAGACAUGUUCUCUGCCCCUACCGCUGAUGAGCUGGAUGAUUGCCUUCCGCUUGCACUUGUUCCUGGCCUGGAUUCGGCGCCGAUGAAGGAACCCGUUCGUGAGUUCAAACCUACUCCGGAGCCCAUCCGACCUUUCCAGGAACCGUUUGCCACGCUACCUACUGCCGACAUGAAGAUGUUCCGGGAUAAGAUCAAUGUGGAGGAGCGCAAGGUACGAAAGCGCACUUGCAAAAAACUUUCGGGCCUAGAGAUUCCACAAGACCAUCUCAAUAAAUGGAACUUCCAGAUGCUACCACGCUUGAGGAAGCUUCUACAGAAGAUCCUGAAGGACUCUGCCGAAUCUUGCAGUGUUACACUCAUGAUGACUGGUGAAACGGUCGACAACGCCAAGACCACGGUCUGUGUCACUUGUGCCAGUGCAAAGAAGGUUCGGGCCGCACUCAAGAAGUAUUUUGUCAUUGAUAGCGAAGAGUGGGAUCUCCUUGUCCUUCGUGGCGAUGUACAGAGAUCGAAGGUCCCACGCAAGAAGCGCCGCAGGCCGGCAAUGGCAGGACAAGGAAAUGCUGGCGCACCUUCGUUGGUCCAGAAUGACCCAAACCCUUGCUAUCAGGAACGGCCUCUUUGCGGUGCAUCAAUUGGCGCUUUUAUCAACGAAGAACAUCUGCCACCUGUAUCUUAUGGGGGAGCUAUCCUGGUCGAUGGCAUGCCCUAUGGGAUGACUGUCCAUCACAUGCUAGAAUCACCAAGUGACCAGGAGGAUGCGGAUGAGCCGGAUACCGGUGGCCCUCUACGGUCUUCUGCAAAUUGGAUGCACGAUAUGGCAGCCCCUCAGAACCCAGAGUUUAUGUACUCCUGGGCUGACGAGGGCCCGUCAGAUGUCGCAUCAGACCUUGAGUUUGAGGUUUCGGAAGACGAGGAUGGGGAUGAUAUCUCGCUGUCACCCAGUCUAGAUGGAACAUUCGAAGACUCAUACCUUUCCGAAGGCUACUCCUCUGACGAAGAUGGGGGGAAUGCUGAUGACCCCUAUGACGACGAAGAUGCAGCAUCCAUAGGCGAUACUCCUGGGAUUGAUCCUGGAGACGAGCCCUUGCUAUACGUCACACAGCCAGCCAUUGAUGACAUCGAUGAAAGUUAUUUUCCAAGCCCUGAAGACCGCGAUGAUGAACAUCUUGCCUCUCACGCUUUUGGAUACGUACACGCAUCCUCGGGUGUUCGGCGCUGGACGCGAAAAGGGAUCCGACACGAGAUUGACUGGGCACUGAUCAAGAUCAACGAUGAGCGCAUCAACGUGCGCAAUAUCGUAUACGACAAGACGUGCGUAAUGAGGCCAGACGCGUAUGGACAGAGACGGGCCCAACAGGCGCGCAUGCCGCGGCAACCAGAGACUAUCUAUCUCAAUAACAUUUGCCGGCUAGAAGACCUGGGGGGCCUCCGAGUCCACUGCUGUGGCCGAACCAGUGGCCUGCAAACCGGCCAGAUCUCCAGAGCCAUGACUCUUGUCAAACUGCAUGGGCGACAAACCUUCUCCACCAGCUUCUGUGUUGAUGGGAACUUCGGAGUGCCCGGCGACUCAGGAGCUUGGGUGUUCGAAAAGGCCAGCGGUCGAGUUUGCGGCCACGUUCUCGCGUGGUCCGACAAAACCCGCACCGCUUACAUCGCCCCCAUGGAAAUACUCCUCGAAGACAUCGCUCGCUCCCUGAAUGCCAACUACAUCAGUCUGCCGCCCGGCAAUCCUGACGAGUCCCGCGCCAGUUCCAUGCAUCAUCGCCCAAACCCAAACCCGUCUGCCAUGGACCCCUACCACCAACAUCCUGCCUACCACGCCCCUCGCCCUAUCCGCGGCCAACUCCCCGUGGACAUUAACCCUCUUCGUAUCGAUGACGGAGACAUGGGCUCCUCCGUGAAUCCCAGUCGCGGAACGCGCGAAGUAUCAACCCCAUACCGGGGAAUGCCUAUCCUUACCCCACCUCGAAGCCUGGAAAGGCAACUCGCAUGACUUGCUCGCUGCUCUUCCCUCGCCUCCAUAAGCAGCACUACUAUACAUUCCUUACCUUAAUCACUGUACUUGCUACUAUAUUCCCCACCCGCACACUGACGGAUUUUUUCCUUUUUUGAUGACAUUGAUUUGAACGAGUGGACAAGAACAUAAUACCCCUUUUUGUUUGUUGGUUGUUGCUAUUAUUUUGCGUUGCUGUUUUCGGUGUUUGAGCUGGUUGGUUCCAUCCCUACGCUGAUGGAUGAGAGAU